AUGCCGUUACCCUGGAUCUCCUCGAAGCGCGCGGCGCCGCUCCAAAACAACAGGUUCUCUCCACAGCCCAGACCGACCCCGAAUGCCACUGUCGAUGGCAUAACCAGCACUAUAGCUGCCUCUCCAUUCGAUGCAUACUACACACAUGGCUUGAGAGAAGCACCGACCUGCCUUGAAAGUCGCAGCCCAGAGACACUCGUCACGACCCCGACUGACCCUGUGGGCCACUUUGUGCGCAGUCCACGAACACAGGGGGAAGACGAGGUCCUGCGAUGGCUGGCGUCUCCUGGACAGGAGACGCUGUCCCGGGUCCUCGCAGCCAGGGACGCAGCACGAGUAGAGGCGCUCUCUCGACCUGCCACGCCGCUGGAAAAGCCAUCGCCUGCGCUGCCAAGGCUGCGGUUCGAGCCGCUGAGGGACAUGCUCGCUGGCACGGAGCUGGAAGUGUCCCUCGCAGCCGACCUGAUCUUACCACCAGCUGCAGGUAUGGGUGUUGCCGAAGAGGCAAGCUUACGGAGUCGGGCCUCCAUAUCAGUAGAUGCUGAUGAAGACAUGCGGCGCUCGAAGCCGAGACGGAGGCGAAUGGGGAUAUCGCACCUGUAUCCCGAGCUGUGCGGCAACUCUCUUGAGAACAAAUUGUCUGCCACCAGUAUGUUGUCCAGGUUUGCAACCCUUUACCGAGAGCCGGUGUACGACUUUGGCGAUGAUGAACCGGCAGAAGAGGAUGACUACUUCUAUGGAGACAUGGCCUCCAGGGAUGUGGACAGUCAUGAGUGGAACGGCGAACAUGAUUCCUAUUCACCUAGCCUUCGCUGUAUUAUCUCGAAUGGGACCAUCGUUGGCGAUGACGCUGGUGACGGCCAGGUACUCCCGCUAGCAUCCGCUCUGGUCACGCGUGCCAACGUUGUCGAAAUCACACAUGGCGUUCCGAGGCUCGUUCGCCAGAAUGCGACCCUAGGACAGGAGAUUCCCGUGACAGCGGGCCAUCCCGCUCGAGGCCGAGUCGUUUGCGUUGAGAAUCGCAAGGUAGGCCCCGAGAGUGAUGGCGAGCUACGGGUCAAGACUGACGAGCGUGAGCGCAGCGACAGAGAGCACCGAGAUGUGGAACGUGAACAUGACAUGACGCGCAGCGACAGCUGGUGGUUUGACAAGGAGAAUACAAUGGCAGUGCCCGCCGAGGGUGUCUCGAAUGUGAUCAUCAUGGCGAUGCCUCCUACACCACUGGGACAGUCGGCCUGGGACUCUUCUUCAUCCGAUGACGAUUCUGAUGGCAGUACCUGGAUCGAAGAUGCAGCAAAGACUCACACAGAAGACAGCGGCGUCAAACGCCUGGCGUGA